CCAAUAAUGUUCUUGAAGAUUGGCUACACUAAAGCAGCACAAAACACAAGAUUACAAGUCAAAUACACCAGGAAAUACCAAAAACACCCAGAACCAGAAUCAGGCAAGAAAGUCUCAUGUAGCUUUUAAUGCACAAAAUUGGGAGAUGUAUAAAUAAUAGUAGUAGUAGUAUUUAUUUAAAAGAAAAAACAAAAAAUAAUGAUUUUGAAGAGUCAAGUCAAAGCAAUGGAAGAUGGGAUGCUGAACAAGAAGACUUGAAAAACCCAAAGGGAAAUUCCUCUGGCACAAAUAUAAAGACCACUUUCUCUUGUAUUUCCGACAAAAAAGAAAAAUUAAAGAUGGAAAUUGAUAGAACCUACAACAACUGUUGUUGCUGUUGUAGUUUUUGGGUUGCUUUUAAUUUCAAGACUUGGUUAUUAGUUUUAUUGUGGAUCUCCAAUUUUCGUCGUGGUUCAUGGUUUCUCUCUCUUUGUUUUCAUACAUAUUCUCGUUCUCAAUCACACCUGUCUCCAUAUAAUAAUUUGCCCUAUGCGUGUUUAUUAUUGUUACAUUUACAUCACAUGCGCCACAAAUUCCUCUCUUUUUUGUAUUCUUUCCUGCCGAGAUAGGAAGAAUAAUUUUAUUGUUAGCCCUAGCUUUUUCGAGACGAGUCAUUGAUUCUAGGGCUCCUGGGCUGCUGUUUAUCUGCCAUGGAAGCGGGUUCCGAAGGGGAGAUGAAUAGGAGCAUGAAUCAGAGCCCUGCGGAGGGCUCUAAGAGGCCUAAGCGCCAGAUGAAGACGCCGUUUCAGUUGGAAGAGCUCGAGAAAACCUAUGCAAUGGAGACAUACCCUUCUGAGGCUACUCGUGCAGAAUUGUCAGAGAAAUUAGGCCUAACUGAUCGACAGUUGCAGAUGUGGUUUUGUCAUAGGAGAUUGAAGGAUAAGAAGGAGGCAAUGGGACCGGCAGCCAUGAAGCCCCACACUCCUGGGUCUGGUGGAGGAAAGGGAUCAAUUGAAUCCCCUAAAGAGGAAUACCAUGGGCAGGGCUUUGGUUCUGGUUCCAGUUCUGCAUCUGGCUCUGGAUCUGGCUCAAGUCAGUUUGAUAAUGGAAAUGGCUCUCCAAUGCUUCCCACUAGGUAUUAUGAAUCUCCUAGAACAAUUAUGGAGCGUAGAGUGAUAGCAUGUGUUGAGGGGCAGCUGGGAGAGCCCUUAAGGGAAGAUGGACCAAUUUUAGGUGUGGAUUUUGAGGAAUUGCCCCCUGGUGCAUUUGGUACCCCAAUAGUGCCUACAGUGAAGCAAGACCAGUACAGGAAUUCUUUUGAAAGCAAAUCACAUGGACAAUAUGAUGUGAAGCACAAGAAAGCUUCAUCCACUGGUCCUCACGAAGCAGUCGAGUCUAAAAUUCAAGCUGACCCCUAUGAGUACAUCCCUCCUUCUUAUAUCUAUGGUUCUCCAGUUGAUGUUGUGAACACGAAGACUCUGUCAGCGAUGCAUGGAAAUGGUUAUCCGCCUCAGCAACAUGUUGUUGAGGGCCAGAUGAAAAACUUGGACGCACAUCCUCAGCCAGUUACUCAGAUGCAGUUAGCUUCAUCUUCAAGGAAUUCACAUAUCAUUAUGCAAAAUGAAGAUAAUAUGCCCAAGGAGAGAAAACGGAAGAGUGAUGAAGCUCGAAUUGGAAGAGAAGUUCAAGCCCAAGAAAAGAAGAUUCGGAAAGAACUUGAAAAACAAGAUCUUCUGAGGCAAAAGAGGGAGGAGCAGCUGAGAAAAGAAUUGGAGAGGCAAGAACGUGAAAGGCGAAAAGAAGAGCAACGAAUGAUUCGAGAGCAGCAGAGGCUUGAGGAGAAGUUUCAGCGUGAGGAAAGACGUGAAAUGGAGCGAAGGGAGAAAUUUAUGCAGAAGGAACUUUUGCGGGCUGAGAAGAAGAAACAAAAAGAAGAGCGGCGCAUAGAAAAGGAAGCUGCAAGACAGAAGGCUGCAAUGGAAAGGGCAGCAGCACGGAGAAUUGCUAAAGAAUCUAUGGAGCUUAUUGAGGACGAGCGUCUGGAACUGAUGGAAUUGGCUGCUUUGAGCAAAGGAUUACCUUCUAUUGUUUCUCUUGAUUACGACUCAUUAAAAAAUCUUGAGUCAUUCAGAGAAGUUCUGUGUGAAUUCCCUCCAAAAUCUGUGCAAUUGAAACUUCCUUUUGCCAUUCAACCGUGGAUUGAUUCAGAGGAAAAUGUUGGGAAUCUCUUCAUGGUUUGGAAAUUCUGUGUCACAUUUGCCGAUAUUCUUGGGCUUUGGCCUUUCACCCUUGAUGAAUUCAUACAAGCUUUACAUGACCCGGAUUCAAGGCUGCUUGGUGAGAUACAUAUUGCUGUUCUUAAACUUAUUGUAACAGAUAUCGAAGAUGUUGUAAGGACACCUUCAGGCGGGCCGGGCACAAAUCAAUACAGUGCUUUCAAUCCUGAAGGUGGACAUCCUCAUAUUGUUGAAGGGGCAUAUACAUGGGGUUUUAACAUAAGAAACUGGCAGAGGCAUUUGAAUCCAUUGACAUGGCCUGAAAUAUUGAGGCAGUUUGCACUCUCUGCUGGUUUUGGACCACAGUUGAAGAAAAAAGGCAGUGAUCAAGGUUCCCAAAAUUAUAAAGAGGAGAGAGGUUGUGAGGAUAUUGUGUCCACUCUGCGGAAUGGUUCAGCAGCUGUGAGUGCAGUUGCAAUGAUGCAAGAAAAAGGAUUGUCCCUACAACGCAGGUCAAGACACAGAUUAACUCCUGGGACUGUUAAAUAUGCUGCUUAUCAUGUUCUUGCUCUUGAAGGAAGCAAAGGACUAAAUGUCAUUGAACUUGCUGAGAAGAUUCAAAAAUCGGGGCUUCGUGACUUGUCAACCAGCAAGACUCCAGAGGCUUCUAUAUCUGUUGCUUUGUCAAGGGAUCCAAUACUUUUUGAAAGAAUUGCUCCAUCAACAUACUGUGUACGACCAGCUUUUAGGAAGGAUCCUUCUGAUGCUGAAUCAGUCAUUGCAGCAGCCAAAGAGAAGAUACUGCGAUAUGCAAAUGGUUUUCUAGCUGGUCAAAAUGCUGAUGAGGAAGAAAGAGAUGAUGAUGAUUCAGACAGUGAUGUUGCUGAUGGCACCGAAGCUGAUGCUUUGGCCACCCCAUUGAACACCAACAAAAUUGAUGAACCAAAUGAACUUGACUCUUGCUUACGGAAUGACAAAGAAAAACCCUCUGAUGAUGUUGAUCUGAAAAAUGAAAUUUGUUCCGCUGAUAAUGGGGAUGGAAUUUCCCAGAAAGGUGUUGAAAUUGAUGAGAGCAAAUCAGGCGAACCCUGGGUCCAAGGGCUGACGGAAGGUGAUUAUUCUGAUUUAUCUGUUGAGGAGCGUCUGAAUGCCCUAGUGGCAUUGAUUGGAAUUGCAAAUGAGGGAAACGCAAUUCGUCUAAUUCUUGAGGAUCGGAUGGAUUCUGCCAACACACUUAAAAAGCAGAUGUGGGCUGAAGCACAGGUAGACAAAAGGCGAAUGCGAGAAGAAUUUAUUAGCAAGUAUUGUGAUACUUCUUCCAAUGUUGGAGCAGAGAGGGGUUUAAGUCCACUAGAAAAUAAGAUUUAUGAUCCAUCAUCAGCCCUUUUAGAGAAAGACAAAUCCUCUGCUGUGGCUGAGGAUGUUAGAAACAGUGUCGAGAAUCCACCUCAGGACCCAUCAAUGGGUCAUUUCAUCUCUGCACCUCAACAGAAUGGACAUACAACAGAGAGGUCACGAUUGCAACUAAAAUCUUAUAUAGGCCAAAGAGCAGAAGAACUGUAUGUGUACAGGUCCUUGCCUUUGGGCCAAGAUAGAAGGAGAAACCGUUACUGGUACUUUGUGGCUACAGCUUCUUGCCUAGACAGUGGUGCAGGUAGAAUCUUUGUAGAAUCACCAAAUGGCCACUGGAGACUUCUUGAUUCUGAGGAGGCAUUUGAUACUCUUUUGACAUCUUUGGACACCCGGGGUACUAGAGAAUCUCAUAUGCAUAUUAUGUUUCAAAGGGCUGAAGCUUGCUUCAAGGAAUUUGUUCGAAGAAAUCGCUUAGUCUCUAAUAGUUUGGACCAUAACAGAAACAAGGACCAACAAGAAACAGAUCAAAGAAAUUGUAGUUUUGCUGGCCCCAGUGUUGAGAGUCCUGGCAGUGCAGUAUGCAGUUCAAACUCUGAUGUUUGUGACCCAUCACAAUCAUUUAGAAUCGAAAUUGGAAGGAAUGAGGUAGAGAAAAAUAAUCUCUUGAAGAGGUAUGGAGAUUUACGAACUUGGAUGUGGAAGCAAUGCUUCAAAUCGUCAAUUAUCUGUGCCAUGACAUUUGGAGAGAAAAGGUGUUUGCCAGUGUUGGAAAUCUGUGAGUUUUGCCUUAAUACUUAUGAUGCUAGUAAAGUUACUUGUCCUUAUUGCAAUCGAAAUGAAAGCUCAAGCUCUUCUCCCCUGAGAGUUGGUUUGAUCAAAGCCGUGCUUACUUUACUCGAGGCUUCCAUUCCCUUUGAGGCUCUCCAUUCUUCCUGGACUGAUGACCGAAGAAAAUCUUGGGGCCUCGAGCUGCAGAAUUGUUCUUCCAUUGAGGGUCUUCUACAGAUAGUGACACAGUUUGAGCAUGCCAUUAAGCGUGAUUAUCUGUCGGCGGAUUUUGAAACAACGGAAGAACUAUUGUGCUAUUCGGAUGCAACUGGACGUGCUACUAGUGAUUUUACCCACAGCGAAUCUCUCCCUCAACUUCCUUGGGUGCCAAAAACCAGCGCUGCUGCUGCUCUGCGGCUGUUUGAGCUUGAUACGGCUAUUUUUUACACCUCAAAGCAGAAGUCUGAGUCUCAAGAUGAAAAGAAAAUGGAAGCUCUACCAGAAUCUGCCCAACGGUAUAGUUACACAAAGGACAUCCAAAAGGCUGAAUCUAUGGAGCUUGAUAGGCGUGGUUCUCUGAAGGGGGAAGGGUGGGAUACUCGUCACGGCACUCCUGGCAGCUCUGGUUACAGGCAAGUCCCUCGUGCUCGAGGUGGGCGCCCGCGUGGAAAGGCUCAGAAAAUGUUCAAGGGAUCAACAUCACAAUCCAGCAAACGGAGUUUGAAAAUUCCCCGGAAGCAGGAUGCAAGAUCUACCGGACAGAAGAUAGGGCGCGGUCCCAGAACUCUGCGGAAGAGGAGAAUAGAUAAGAAAUUCCUCGCAGAGAUUCCACAGGACGACCUACAAGAUGCAGGCACCUUUGGGAAUGUUGAAGAGGAGCCAAGAAAUUCAAGCAGAGAGGAUGUAGAUAACUUUAGCCCUCCAAAUAUUGUUGCUGGAAAUGACAACAGCAGCGACAGCAUGGAAGAAUCCGGCGAUCUGGAUGACAAUAACAAUGCGAAUGAGAAUCUAUACAGGUACGAAAAUUGGGGAGGAGCAGCAACUUUUGAUGCGAAUUCAAAUAGAAGCAGUGAGAUGAUGGAGGAAGUUAGUGAAGAGGAAGAUUGUGAAAAUGGCUACGCCGACGGGAACAUGGAGGCAGUAGACAUGGAAAGCAACGGCUACCCUUCAGACAGGGUCGAAGGGAACCAGGAGGAUGACGACAUUGACAACGACGAAUCGUCACAAUCAAUAGCUUCAAGGGAUUACAGUGACUAAAGAAGCUCACAGAAUUUUGGAGAAGAAAAUAAUCAAAAGGCUCGAUCUUAUACAAAAAUUAUAUAUAUGACUGCAAGCAUAGCAUUAAUGUUGUCUAAUUCUUCAGCUUACAUUCAUAUUUCCUCCUCUAGGGUCUGAGAGGGAAAAAAAAUGAACCUGUCAUUUGAUUGCAAUUUGAUCUUAUCAUUUAGGACAA